AUGGUCCAUUCCGAUCAGAACUCGCCGCGGGCUAGCUCCGAUUCCACCGGGACUUCCGUGACCCAGACCGAUUCCAUGGUAACCGUGCCUCUAUCGUCCAAUUCAGAACACACGCAACCCGAAUGGCGAACUCUCCAACUUCCUCAGACUCCUACUGAAGCGGCAGGCUCGGAUGAUAAAAUUGACCCAAAAGCCACCCCGACAGCGACGACCCUCGAGCCCGGGAAACCGGAGCUGGAGCCUGGACCAAUUCAAGGAUCAAGAGCAGCCUCGAUUAGAUCGCGCAGUAGUCAAGACAAUGGCCAGGGAGAAGCUCAAGAAGGUGACCUCGUGGACUGGGAAGAAUUGGAAAAAUCAGAGAAACAAGAGCAUCGCCUGGAAGGGUCAGACGAGACAACCGCCCUUCUGUUAGCCCGUCUAGAGCAAGAAAACAACGCCUUGGCCACCAAUCCGAAAUCUGGCCUAGCAAAAGUCGCUUCGAAGCGAAGGCAAGCGCGCCCGUCCCGGUCACAGUCCUUGCAUCACAUCAAGCGAUUAAUCAACGAGGGUCCUCGACCAUCUCUCCGCUAUUCCCAGCUGCCAACUCCGCCUAUGACGGAGCUCGAAUUCUGGGCCGCUCUCGUUGCGGAUUACCCACAAACCGUUCAAAGACUCCCAACUCUGACGUCAAAUAAGAUUCGAGGAGGAGUUCCGCCUCCCUUGCGAGGUGUGGUAUGGCCCAGCCUCGCCGGCGCGAGAGAUCCAACGCUAUUGACCGAAUAUCAAAGGCUUUGCGGGGAAACUAGCCCGUACGAAGGAUUAAUCGGAAAAGACAUCGGCCGUAGUUUCCCCAAUGUUGAGAUGUUCCGCGACCCACACGGCGAAGGACAGCAGAUGCUGGGCCAAGUUUUGAAGUGUUUCAGUCUUUACGACACCAAAAUUGGAUACUGCCAGGGUCUGGGCUUCGUUGUUGGCCCUCUGUUGAUGCACAUGUCGGAUGCGGAGGCCUUCUGCGUGCUGGUUCGCCUCAUGGAUCAUUAUGAUCUGCGAACCUGCUACCUUCCGGAUCUUUCAGGCCUUCAACUUCGAGUUUACCAGUUCCAAAACCUCCUCUCCCGUCUUCGUCCCACUCUCUUUGAACAUCUUGAAGCUCUUCAUGUUGAGCCGAUUUAUGUCUCGCAGUGGUUUCUAUCAUUUUUUGCCGUCUCCUGCCCUCUGCCGAUGCUCUUGCGCAUUUACGAUGUAAUUUUCCUUGAAGGGGCAUGUGAGACAUUGAUGCGUGUCGCGCUCUCUCUGAUGCAGCGGAACGAGAAGAAGAUACUCAGCUGCUCAGAAUUUGAGGACGUCAUGCAACUACUCUUGUCUCGAAGUCUCUGGGAUACCUAUGCCUGCCACGCAGAUGAUUUCGUCAACAACUUUGUUUCCCUCACCUCGCUGGUGACGAAGGAGAGUCUCCAAGCCUUGGAGGCUAGCUACAAUCAAUCCCAAGGGGUUCCAACGGGAAUUUCCUUUCCUCAGAUGCAGGCUGCUGCCUCUCGAUUUUUGGGCCGAUUCUGGGCAGGAUCUGGCCAACACAGCUCGGUCAAAUCGAUCAACCUCAGCCCAAAUAGCAGCGCUUCAAAUUGUCUCCGUCGAUCGACAUCAAAACAGAGCAUGACGUCGACUCUCAACUCUAUAGAGUCUAUAUCCGAUGCUAGCACCGCUCCGACCGAAUUGUCGCUCGAGCCAAAACCACGGGCAAAGUCGACAGUUUCGCAAAACAAGGACCGUGACCUACAUACUCAGAUUGAGGAUUUAUUGGUGGCGCUCGGCGAUCUGCAACGUCAACAUUCAGACCUCACCCGACAACUCCAACAGGAACGGGAAGAGCGGGAGGAAGACCACGCGAUUGCACGCUCGAUGCUGGAGCUUAUCAAAGAAUCGGAGAACGAACCCCCCUCUGCCGAAAUUUUACGCAAAGCAGAGGAGAGAUUCGCCCCCAUGGAUACCACUAAACGCGCGUCGAAUGACCAAACCAAACAGCAACUACGCGAGGAUCUUGACCGCUGGAAGAAUAUGCACUCAGUGGAAUCAGGUCGAUGCCUAGAUCUCACACGACGAAUCGAUGACCACGAGCGGGAAAACUCGUCCCUCCGAGAACAACUCCGCGAGGCGCGGGGCCGUAUCCAAGACGGGUAUCGCGAGCGACAGCGCCUGGAACGGAUGAUUCGUGAACUCCGCACAGCCAAGACACACAACCCCGACACACCUCCCGAAUCAUACGGCUCGCCGACCAGUGAUAAUGGCGAGACUCUGACUUCUGGACUGCGCGAGCUGAAACUCGUGCGCUCCAACUCCCAAAAGGGCAUCUUCAACAAGCGAUCCAGCAGUUUAGGUCUCCAAACUGUGCUCGCAACUGAGAACCACAAACCGGUGCCCGAGGACGCGUUACUGCUCGAGUUAGUGAACGCCAAAACAGCAGAGGCAGUGGCCACACAAGAACUGGAAGAGGUCAAGGCAAAACUGGACUCGUUACGCAAGAUGGUGAGCGGAUCCCAGCGCGGAGCCUCGGGGAGUCCGCCCUCCAAGCAAACUCGCAACUCUACGUUAGGCCUACCGCCUAAUUCCGGCAUCACCAAAGCCAAUACAGAGCCGGUGCAAUCCGGGGGGUUUUUUAGUGGAUGGGGCCGAUGA